GGUCUGAGGCUGCGCCGCUCCCGCUGCAUCACAGAGAGGAAAAUACCACCAGAUGGCGGUUUAGGAUUGCUGCUCUUCUCUCAAGGCGCGGUUCCGCUCGCACGGCCAAUUUUCAAUAUUAAAAUACGCACAAUAUUAAAACGGUAAUCGAUUUAUUAUUUUGGAAGGUGACAAUCGAUUCGGCGAUGUUCGUUAAAGGAGCUGAUAAGAGUUAGGUGCCAGCAAGUUGAGUGCAGUCCGUCCUGGAGCCUCUUCUCCCCGCCCUUCCAGAACUUUCCCCCCAACCGAGCUGCUGUCUUGUGCCUCCAUCUUUGAACCUGAAACACACUCAGCCCUGAAGACGCACAUUAACAGAGUUACACACCCCAUCGCCAGCCCCACUAACCAGGAUGAUCACCUCGGAGCUCCCUGUCCUACAGGACUCAUCCAAUGAGUCUGGGGCAACAGACGCAGUGGGCUUAAGUAUGAGCAUGAGUGAGAUUGAAGAUCCAGAGGUGAAAGGCAAGAAGAAGAGAGGGAGGCCUGGAAAACAAGCCCCGACGACCAAUAAAAAGCCUCGGAAGACACCGGCGGAAAAAGCUGUGGGCGUAGCAAGAGGGCGCGGGAAAGCCAACGGCGUGGCUCAACAUAAUGGAGACGGUGGAGACCCCGUCACUCUGUUUGAAGUGGUCAAACUCGGCAAGAGUGCCAUGCAGUCUGUGGUGGAUGAGUGGAUCGAGUCGUAUAAACAGGACAGAGACUUGGCGCUGCUGGACCUCAUCAAUUUUUUCAUCCAGUGCUCAGGGUGCAAAGGCACUGUGAGGAUUGAGAUGUUCAGGAACAUGCAGAACGCAGAGAUCAUCCGCAAGAUGACCGAAGAGUUUGAUGAGGACAGCGGGGAUUAUCCUCUCACCAUGCCAGGGCCCUUGUGGAAGAAGUUUCGCUACAACUUCUGCGAGUUUAUCAGCGUUUUGAUCCGCCAGUGUCAGUACAGCAUCAUCUACGACGAGUACAUGAUGGACACGGUGAUCUCCCUCCUCACCGGGCUCUCGGACUCUCAAGUGCGAGCCUUCAGACACACCUCCACAUUAGCAGCGAUGAAGCUGAUGACAGCGCUGGUGAACGUGGCGCUGAACCUGAGCAUUCACCAGGACAACACCCAGAGACAGUACGAGGCCGAGAGGAACAAGAUAGCCGGCAAACGAGCCAAUGAGAAGCUGGAGCUGCUGCUGCAGAAGAGGAAGGAGCUUCAAGAAAACCAAGAUGAAAUAGAGAAUAUGAUGAACUCCAUUUUCAAGGGAAUCUUUGUGCAUCGCUACAGGGAUGCAAUUGCUGAAAUCCGAGCCAUCUGUAUCGAGGAGAUAGGAGUGUGGAUGAAGAUGUACAGCGAUGCUUUUCUUAAUGAUAGUUACCUGAAAUAUGUUGGUUGGACACUACACGAUAGGCAAGGAGAGGUGCGUCUGAAGUGCCUGAAGGCUCUGCAGAACCUGUACACAAACCGAGAACUGUUCCCCAAGUUAGAGCUGUUCACUAACCGCUUCAAGGACCGUAUCGUAUCGAUGACGCUGGAUAAGGAGUAUGAUGUGGCUGUGGAGGCCAUCCGACUGGUCACACUCAUCCUGCAGGGCAGUGAAGACGCCUUGUCCAAUGAGGACUGUGAGAAUGUGUACCACCUGGUUUACUCUGCCCACCGACCGGUGGCAGUUGCUGCUGGAGAGUUCCUGCACAGGAAAUUGUUCAGUCGUCAUGACCCACAGGCAGAGGAAGCGCUGGCUAAGCGCCGAGGGAGGAGCAGUCCCAACGGGAAUCUCAUCCGCAUGCUGGUGCUCUUCUUCCUGGAGAGUGAGCUCCACGAGCAUGCAGCCUACCUGGUGGACUCAUUGUGGGAAAGCUCUCAGGAGCUGCUGAAAGACUGGGAAUGUAUGACUGAACUUCUGCUGGAGGAGGCCGUGCAGGGAGAGGAGGUGUUGUCAGACAGACAGGAGAGCGCUCUGAUCGAGCUGAUGGUGUGCACCAUCCGACAGGCAGCAGAGGCGCACCCACCUGUUGGCAGAGGCACCGGCAAACGGGUGCUGACAGCAAAGGAGAGGAAGACCCAGAUAGACGAUAAGAACAAACUGACAGAGCACUUCAUCAUGGCUCUGCCCAUGCUUCUGUCCAAGUACCAGGCCGACUCGGAGAAGGUAGCCAACCUGCUGCAGAUCCCUCAGUUCUUUGACCUGGACGUGUACAGCGCGGGGCGCAUGGAGAAGCACCUGGACGCCUUGCUGAAGCAGAUCCGGCUGGUGGUGGAUAAGCACAUUGAGAUGGAUGUCCUCGAGGCCUGCAGUAAGACCUACAGCAUCCUGUGCUCCGAGGAGUACACCAUCAUGAACCGCGUGGACAUCGCCCGCUCCCAGCUCAUCGACGAGAUGACGGAUCGCUUCGCUCACUCCGUGGAGGAGCUGCUGCAGGAGGCUGAGGAGGCCGAUGACGACGAUAUCUACAAUGUUUUAUCCAUGCUCAAGAGACUCACGGCCUUCCACAAUGCGCACGACCUGACACGGUGGGAUUUAUUUGGGAGCUGCUACCGGCUGCUGAAGGCGGGCAUCGAGCAGGGCUCCAUGCCGGAGCAGAUAGCCGUCCAGGCCCUGCAGUGCUCCCACUACUCCGUCCUCUGGCAGCUGGUCAAGAUCACGGAGGGGGCUCCCAGCAAGGAUGACCUGGUGGCUCUCAGGAGAGUGGUAAAGUCCUUCCUGGCCGUGUGCCAGCAGUGCCUGUCCAAUGUCAACACACCAGUCAAAGAACAGGCGUUCAUGCUUCUCUGCGACCUGCUGAUGAUCUUCAGUCACCAGCUGGUCUCCGGCGGCAGGGAGGGCCUCCAGCCGCUGGUCUUCAACCCAGACAGCACUCUGCAGAACGAGCUGCUCAACUUCGUCCUGGACCACGUCUUCAUCGACCAGGAUGAUGAGAGUCAGAGCAUGGAGGGAGACGAGGAAGACGAGGCCAACAAGAUCGAGGCUCUCCACAAAAGGAGAAAUCUCCUCGCGGCUUUCUGCAAACUCAUCAUCUACGACAUCGUAGACAUGCCCGCUGCUGCCGACAUCUUCAAACACUACAUGAAGUAUUAUAAUGAUUAUGGCGACAUCAUCAAGGAGACCCUGAGUAAAACCAGACAGACGGACAAGAUUCUCUGUGCCAAGACGCUCAUCCUCAGCCUGCAGCAGCUGUUCAACGAGCUGCUGCAGGACCAGGGGCCCAACUUGGACCGAACGUCGUCUCACGUCAGCGGCAUCAAGGAGCUGGCCCGCCGCUUCGCCCUCACCUUCGGCCUGGAUCAGAUCAAGACCAGGGAGGCUGUCGCCACGCUGCACAAGGAUGGCAUAGAGUUUGCAUUUAAAUACCAGAAUCCUCGAGGACCAGAGUUUCCUCCUAUCAACCUGGCCUUCCUGGAGGUUCUGAGUGAAUUUUCCUCCAAGCUAAUCCGCCAAGACAAAAAGACAGUCCACUCGUACCUGGAGAAGUUCAUGUCCGAGUCGAUGUCAGAGCGUCGGGAGGACGUGUGGCUGCCGUUGAUCUCCUACAGGAACAGCCUGCUGACGGGUGGAGACGAGGACCACAUGUCUGUCACGUCGGGCUCCAGCAGCAAGGCCGGCUCCGUCCGCAGCAAGAAGGGACGGCCGCCGCUACACAAGAAACGCAUCGAGGAAGAGAGUAGUGUUGAGGGCUUGUGGAUGUUGCGUAAUGACACUCUUCAGACACCGGGAGCGCUGCAGACUCCUCAGCUCACGUCAACAGUCCUCCGAGAGAACAGACCAGCAGAACACAUGCCCGACCCAGACUCGGAACCCGGAUCAGAGAACGACUUCGUACACAAUCCUCAGAUGCAGAUGUCGUGGCUCGGCCAGCAGAAGAUGGAGGAGGUGAACAGGAAGGACCGGACGGGCAUGAACUACAUCAAGGCACGCAGCAAUCAGGGCGUCCGGCAGACUGUACGUGGGUUGAUGGAGGAUGACGCUGAGCCCAUCUUCGAGGACGUGAUGAUGUCAUCGCGGGGCCAGCUGGAAGACAUGAACGAGGAGUUUGAAGACACUAUGGUGAUCGACCUGCCGCCAUCGAGGAACAGACGUGAAAGAGCAGAAUUAAGACCAGACUUCUUUGACUCUGCAGCAAUGAUUGAGGACGAGUCGGGUUUCAGCAUGCCCAUGUUCUAA